AUGAUGCAAACAAAUAAGUCCAUGGUAAUAAGGGGGAUGAAAAAAACACUAGAAAUUGAAUAUAAAAGAAAGAGUCAAGGAAAAUAUUUUUUAAUAGCUGUUAGAUUAGUACAAAUAAUAACUACAAUAAUAUAUGUGUUACUUUUUAAUUUACUAUCAUAUACAUUUUUGUCUUUGGGAGAAGAUAAAAUAAGAGAAUACAACAUAUCAGAAAAUCAAAGAGAUAUUUUACAAACUAAUGAAAUAUUUUAUAAUUAUUACAAAGCUUUUAAUAUAAUAAACAUUAUUUUUGGCUUAUUAUCAAUUAUACUCAACAUUGUACAUUUUUUAGAAGUUUGGGGCACAGAUUUUCUUUUUAUUAAUUUUAAAAAUAGCAAAAUUAUAAAAUUGGUAUGCUUAAAUUUACAAAUAUUAUUUACGUCUUUGAUGUUUAUAGAAAAUCUUGAGAAUAAUUCAUUUUUUUGUAAUAUAAAGACUUAUACAUAUUGGUUUAGUGAUUAUAAUAGUAAUAUGCUUAUAAAUAUAGGGGAUAAAUUAUGCCAAUUACAUAAUUAUGCCAAUAUAUUUUUAUCAAUAUUUAUAAUAAUAUCAUUACUUGAUUUUUUAACGUUAUACAUAAAUACAGAACCUCAUUUUAAAAAAAAAAUUUUAUUGACAUUUGUCAAAAUAUUAUCAUCAAAUAUAUAUGUAUCGCUCUUUUAUAUAUUAUUAAAAAAUUAUUAUUUCUACAAGACGACUUUACCAAAAUAUAAUAUUUUUAAUGCAGAUUCGCUUGAUGAUAUAAUUAAAACGAUUAUACAUUAUACCCAAAAGCAUAAGGAUUUCUGUUUCUAUUUAGUAUUGAUAAGUACAGCUAUAUCAUCAAUUUUAUUCAAUGUAUUAAGUUGCUAUGAUUUAUAUACAAUUGUGAAAGCAUGUAAAUAUUCUCUUUUCAUUGGCGCCCUAAUAAAUGGAUGUACAUUAUUUAUUAUAAUUUGCCAAGUUGUGAUUUCAAGUUACAUUGCUGAGGGAAGUUUAUUUUUUUGUUCAUAUGAUGAUUAUUUAAAUUCUAUUCAAAACGGAAAUGAAAAACCCCUUAACACCAAUAUUUCUUCUAAUAUGAUCGAAACCAAAUGGUUUUGUAACUUAAGUUAUAUAUUAUAUUUAUAUGUAGCAAACACUAUUGUUUGCUUUUUAUCUUUCAUUUUUGAUUUUUUUAUUUCAUGUUAUAUGGUUUUUUCGGCGAAAUAUGCUUCCAAAAUGUCUUAG